AUGGAGUAUUGUGGCGUUUGCGAGACCAGGAUAAACUCAAGACAUCAUGCUUAUUCUUGCGAAGAGUGUGAAUUUUUUUGUCACAUUGAAUGUAUUCUACGCAAGGAACGGCCCUCACCAUUGUACGUGAAAGAUCUGUAUCCUGGUGGCGGAGUCAUCCCAAGGCCAACAGAAAGAAACAACUUUGAACCCAUUGCAUUGGCAAAAAAAAUUGUGGUUACGGUUUAUACUGGAAAGGUCCGAAGUAAUCAUAUUCAUGUGAUGAGACUAUUCCACAUGACUGAGCUUGGUGAACUUGCAUUUUGCAACAUAUGUAAAGAAAGAAUUCUUGAUAGCCCAUGGAAAUGCGAGAUUUGCAGUUUCCUGGCACAUAAUUUCUGUGUAGAGUUGGGGGAGCCAUCAAGACAUCGACUACACUCGAAACACCCUUUGACACUCUUGUCCAUGCCCCCUGCACGGUAUGUGCUGAGUUGUGACAUUUGCAAAGGGGAUAUAGAUGGUUUCAAUCUUUUUUGUCGGGUAUGCAAUUUUAUCACCGACUUGAGUUGCGCCUUGAAACAAAAACAUUUUCUUGGGGUUUUAGGGCAGAAAUUAGUCGGAACCAUAGACGCACCUUGUAUGACCGGACAACACACCAUGGCUGUAGUUGUCGUCUCGAGGUCGUAUCCAGCUCCUUGCGGUAUUUGUGAUGAGAUUUUGAAUGGAAAAGCAGUGUCAUGUUUGAAGUGUGAAGAGAUAUAUCAUCAUCGUUGUUUUCUUUUCCGGAGACGGUAUGUAUUCGGGCAUCCACUUCAUUCUGAUCAUCCGCUUGAACUUUUACUUAAAAGUGGAUCCAAGUGCAUUGCCUGCAAACUGAAUAUUACAAAGUAUGGCUAUCAUUGUUAUGUAUGCCACAUCAGUAUCCAUACUAAGUGCAUCGCAGCUGUGGAUGCGAAGUCUCACUACCACUAUCUCUACCACUUUUGGAUGAAGGACUCAAAGUUGAGUCGGGUGUGUUGUGUGUGUGGCACACGAUGUGGUGAAUCAUUCUACGGUUGUAUUGAAUGUAACUUCAACGCCCAUGCAGAGUGUAUUGGAUUUCCAUACAAUGUGAAGAACCUAAGACAUCAGCAUACGUUGGAGCAACAAAUAUCUUUUGGUGGCGGUUAUUUGUGUUCUCUGUGUGGAUUAGAAUGUCCCAUCAGGUUAUAUGUUUGCAACCAUUGCAAGAAAGGGUUUCAUACAGAAUGCAUAAUGUCUAUGGGUGACCGUGAAGCUGCAACAGAAGAAGAACAGCUUCGGGACAUCUAUAUUAUGUACAUUGAGCGGGAUCUUUGCAACUUGGUUGGAGAGACUGAGUCUUAA